CCGAGGCCGUAGCCUGGAGGAGUUUUCCCCGGGCUGCUGAGCUGAACGUGUCGCAGAGCGCGGUGCCGGGCCACCGGGCGAGCGGCCAGCGGGCCACCCCAGGACCAGAGAGGCCCAAAACACCGCCCUCCUGCCCAGGAGCGGGCACGGCCGGGCCGGCCCGGGACAUCGCAUCUGGACUGCCCCCUCGGCCGGAGGCGGCUAAGCUGGACGACGGAGUCCCGGCCUCCCUCUUCCUCCUCCUCAUUCGGAGUCCAGGCCCCGGGGCCCGACCGAGGAGCCGCAGUCAUCGGCCCCGAGACCGCCCAACCCGGCCUCGGCUGAGCCUUCCGCCGGGCCCGAGGGACCCCUGCCCGUGGAUCUCGGCGGACGAUGCCUCGGGAGGAAGUAGGCGAAGAGAAAGAUGCCGAGAUGAAGGAGGAGGAUGCUGAGGAGGACGGGAAGACGAAGGAGGAUGAGAGCGGGGAGGCCCGGACUUUCUUGGGCCCACUGGCGGGGGCAGUGCCCAGCCCGACGCCCCACGGGAGGGGCGUCAAGUUUUCGGAGGCCUGGGAGUACUUCUACCUGGCCCCGGCUCGCCUCGGCCACCACCCCAACCAGUAUGCCAUCUGCCGGCUGUGCGGCAGGCAGGUCAGCCGGGGCCCGGGCGUCAACGUGGGCACCACGGCCCUGUGGAAGCAUCUGAAGAGCAUGCACAAGGGAGAGCUGGAGAAGAGCGGCCACGCGCAGGUCGCCCAGCACCCCCGCCCCCGGGCCCAGGGGGCCCGGCCCCCGCCGCCCGGCGCCGAGGGGGACUGGGCCCGGCUCCUGGAGCAGGUGGGAGCCCUGGCCCUUUGGGCCAGCCGGCGGGAGCGGGCCGUGGAGCGGCGGGAGCGGGCCGUGGAGCGGCGGGAGAGGGCCGUGGAGCGGCGGGAGCGGGCCGUGGAGGAGGUGGAGAAGGCCAUCGUGGAGCUGAGGUGGAAGGUGAGGGCGGAGAAGGCGGCCGGGGAGCAGGAGGGGGCCCUGGCGGGGGCAGCCCGCCCCUUCCACUUUGCGUAGGGGGUAGCGCCCCGGGCCCGGCGAGCCGGAGGUGGGGGGCCCGGUGGGGGCCGGUGGACGUCCAGAGAGCGCUCCGCCCCCAGCGGCCCCCUCCCCGCCGGCCUGCGGUAGCCGGACACCGCUGCCCCGUGACUUCCUACUCAUCCGCCGUCCGCCCUGUCUGCCUCCUCCACCCUGCCAGCUCAGGGAUGCUUUCCCAAGACCCGGACUCUUGAGCCAGCAGGCCCCAGCGGGCACCGCCCACUCCGCCCACACCCCCUCCAUCGGGACCGAGUGGGGCGAGGGGCACGGGGAGAUGGCCCGGAGAACCGGGCACGGCGCUGCUAAGCCACCGCCCCCACCAAGUAGAGUCGGGGAGAUGGUGGCCGGGCCAGGAACCGCCCCUCGCCACCGGUUCUCGGGGGCGGCGAAGAACUCGGCUCUUGUGGUUGCUGAACUCGAAUCCGAAACGGUUGAAGCCUCGUCUGGUUUGGGGUUUUAUUGCGCACGGUGGGAAAGUCUGUUCCCCACAGCCCUGUCUGUCUGGUCUCCCUUUCCUGUGAGGCUCUGAGAUGUGACUCUGCUUCCUCUCUGGGUGUUUCCUGAUGACUUCUCUCUCUCCGGGACAGAGAGGGGGUGAAAAGGGCAGGCUCCGGGGAAGCCGCGUGGCGCGGUGGAUAGAGCGGAGGGCUGGGAGUCAGCAGGUCAUGGGUUCUAAUCCCAGCUCUGCCGCUUGUCCGCUGUGUGAC